AUGAGGCCGAAAUCGUGCUCCCUGUUCCUGUUAUUCUGCGUGCUGUUGCCGGGCCUGGUGCGCCCCUUCACAUCCGGCGAAGAAGGCGAGGAUGCAGCAGAGGACGAGGAUUCCUACCUCCUCGAGGAGGACGACGUGCCAUCAGCGACGAUAGCCACGGACACAGAGCUGAUCUCCGAAGCUGGUGGCCAUCUGCCUGUGUUUCUCACCGAGCCGGUCGAUUCUUUCGUGGUGAAAAAUAAACCAGCCACGCUGCACUGCAAAGCUGCUCACGCGUUGCAAAUCUACUUCCGUUGCAACGACGCGAGAGCGGAAGACUCGCAGCAGCAAGACUUCGUGGAUCCUCACACCGGUACAAGGAUCGUCGAUUGCGAAUUGAACGUAACGAGAGACCAUAUCGAGGAAUACUUCGGGAGAGACAAGUUCAAAUGCGAAUGCGUCGCCUGGUCUGGUUCGGGACAGAUUAAGAGCCAACCUGCUACCGUGGAUGUUGCUUACCUGAAAAAGCAAUUCGAGUCCCCGCCGUACUCGGUAUCGGUGGAAGCGGGCCAGAGCACCGAACUCAGGUGUCUUCCUCCUGUGGGAGUGCCACCACCGAGGGUGUACUGGCUAAGAAAUAACGUUCCUGUCGACACCGAGUCGGACACGCUUUUAGUGUCGAGCGAGGGACACCUUCUGGUGGGCCAGGCGAAACUCAGCCAUCAGGCGAAUUACACUUGCGUCGCGGAGAACAUCGCGGCUAGGAGACUCAGCGAGCCUGUCAGCCUCACCGUUUAUGUGAACGGAGGAUGGUCUUCGUGGUCUGCCUGGUCGGAAUGUCACUCGAGAUGCGCGAAAGGUGGUCAGAAACGUACUCGGACCUGCACGAAUCCGUCUCCGAUGAACGGAGGUCAGCCGUGCUUAGGCCCGUCCCAGCAGAAGAUGGACUGCAACACCGCCUGUCCCGCCGGUACUCUGGAGGAGUUCACCAACACUCUAGUCGUGGACGGUGGAUGGUCCAGAUGGUCAGCAUGGUCGGUCUGCGGCACCGACUGCACGCACACCAGAAGAAGAUCCUGCGACGAACCACCGCCGAGCCAUGGUGGACGACAGUGCCAGGGGAGAGACAUCAGCGUGGCGAAUUGCACCGGUGGCAUGUGCAACAGUGCCAACACGAAGAUGGGCGGCGCGCAUUUAACGGAGGAAGCGAACAGGCAGAUGGACGUGGCUCUGUACGUCGGCUUGACUGUCGCGUGUGUGGUAAUCGGCGGCCUGGCAUUUUUCUUAGCGAAGCUUCUGAGGCGCAAAGGUCGGGACCAUUCCCUUUACUCCAUGGCCCGUAACGAAUUCCAGCCGGAGUUCUUCCCGGACCAGGACAAGAAGCUGAGCCUUCAGCCGGACGUAACAGCGACGAGCGUGCCGGCCUGCUACGAGUAUCCUUUCGACCCGAAGCUGUCGAUGUCGAGAUCCCUCUCCGAGCACCAUUACGACGUACCGCACUUAUCGAUCGCCCCUCAACCCUCGCCAAUGUCGCCAACGCCAAGCACCUCGACCCAGGAGUCCUGCAGCGACAAGCAGCUCCACUCCGAUUGCGAGAACAGCAUCACUAGCUCCUACCCUUCCUCCGAUUCCACCUACAACGUCGCCUCGGAGAGCGUCCGUUUACCAAAGCUCGACACCGGAAACGUUGCUGGAGCAGCAGUGAACACACGCGGCGCUCUACUCGUACUUCCGGACGCUGGCAUAUCGAUGUCCGUGCCCGAGGGAGCCGUACCCAAGCCACUAAGGGAGGAACUCUACCUGGCGGUGCUGAACGAGGAUCGCUUUAGGCCUCGAUUACCCGACGGUAUCACCCAACUAUCUGCGGUGGUGACGUGCGGCCCUUCGUCGGCCACCUUCAACAAACCCGUGAUCCUGCAGUUCGAGCACUGCGGUGUCCUCCAUCCGGCCACGUGGGAGCUCAGUGUCUGGGCGUGCGACGGCCUAAGCGUGGAGGAUGGUACAGCGGUCGCCUCUUCCAAGGACCAUCAAUCGAUCACGUGGACCAGGGUGCUGACGUUAGGCAACGAGACGAUCAACACGCCGUUGUUCACACAGCUGGAUCACGCGGAGGCGUUCAUCGUGACGGAACAGCUCCGAGGCUACGUUCUGGCCGGUCAAAGUUGCGAGAACGUGGUAGCGACGAAACGAUUGCGAUUAGCGUUGUUCGCGAGCCAAGCUGGACAAUGUUGCGUAAGGGUGUACGCUGUCGAAGACACGAAAGCAGCGAUGAAGGCUAUCGCCGACAGGGAAUCGCAGAUACGCGGCUUCUGGUUGGACAAACCGAGAUCGCUGCUGUUCCAAGACAACGGUGAAUCGUUGUGCGUUAGUUUAGAAGAGGUCGGCAACGAAUGGCAGAGUAAAUCGCCGACGGAACGACAAGAGAUCCCGUUCAGCGACGUGUGGAACUGUCAGGAGAAUACGAAACACGUGACUUUCGGUUUGGAUACACCGUUCGGACCUACCAACAGCCGAAGCUACAAACUCCAGGUGUCGCAAGGGAACUCCGACACCAGGCAGGUGUUCAGGAUCGUGUACGACGGCGCGAAGCAAUUGAUCUCGUCCGGAAGCGUGACCAGACCGCUGAGAGAGGUGACGGUGGUCAGCAGCGGGCAUGCUAAUAACGCGACCACUGACUCCACCACCCUCAGACCGUUUCGGUUUACCAGGUCCCUCAGGAAACAGCUCUGCCAGUGCCUCGAUCCGCCGAACGCGCUUGGCAACGACUGGAGGAUGCUCGCGCAGAGGCUUCAGGUCGACAGGUACAUCAAUUACUUCGCGACCAAGUCCAGUCCCACGGAGCACAUCCUAGACCUGUGGGAAGCGAAGCACCACGAGCCAACCCCGGAAUUGCGAAGAGGUUCGUUACUAACUCAGACACAAGGGCGAUCUCUAGAGAUGCAGACGUCAGAUGGCGAGUAA